UCCCCAUCCCAUCCCACCUCGGAAUGUCUCUAGAGAAAGCCAGCAGCAACUGAAGAAGCCGCGUAGCCGCUCCCGCCUGCAUCCAUCUCAUUACGCUUCUCACAUGGAAGACGACGCAAUCAGGAAGAGAAAGAUUCGUCAGGAUGCCGAUGGCGAUCUUAGCGAGGACGACGAAGAGAAGAUGGACAAGUUCUUUGCUCUUCUCAGGAGUAUUCGUGAAGCUCGUGAGCACAUGCGGAGCCUCAAGGCCUCCGGCACCGCCUCUGAAAAACCGGUGCCGCCGGGGCAGAAGAAGUUGAAGGCGGCGGCGGCCGAAAAAGAAGAAGAGAAUCCCCCUUCCUUCCGCCGCGAAGAUCUGGUGAAAGAUUUUCAAUUCACCGGCCCUUGUGUAACCUCCUCGUUGGGAGGGCCGUCUCGGAUCGAACAGGUGAUCGACAAAGAUGAGAUCAAAGACGGUGGCUUAGAUCUUAAGCUUUCGCUUUAGUCUUCUUAUUAAUGUUUACAGUCGGUCCGUUUAAGGGAGUGCGAGAGUGCUUUCUAGUUGAUGAUAUGCUGUAUGCAUAUAUGUUUAAUAUAUGUUGGCAUUGUACAAUUUUCCUC